GCUAUCGUUCUUGUUUCUGAUUUAUGGUGGUGCAAAUUUUUGUCUAGUUUAAUUAAUAAUUGAGGGAUCUCAGAUUGUGAUUGAAUGAUACGAAGCGCAUGUGCUCAGAUGCCUUUUGCAAUCAGUUACGGGUUUAAACUUUUUAUUUUUGUUAAUUGAUUUGUGAAUUUUCUAUAAUAUUUUAUGGGCUUUUUUUUGGUGGGAGUUGCUAGUUGAGCUUCUGCGUGAUUUCCUGUUAUUUUUUUGAUUUCCAUUAUCUGUUCCCUCGCGUGAUUCUUUGGUUGCGGCACGUUGUUUCGUGUUUUGGAUGUCUUAUUAACAUGUUAUCAUAUUGUAUCUGCACACAUGUAUGUACUUGAGCAUCUGAGGCUUGGAUCGAUAUAAUUUGUAACUUUGAAUUUGUUUGGGAGCACAUAUAAAUUGUACUGGGUUUGCAUUUUGGUCUCUCCACACGAGUACUUUCUUCAGCUGGGAUCCAGACUUGCUUUUGCUCGAGUUGCAAGAUUAAUUUAGGAAAUGGCGAAAGGAACCAGGGGAAGACGUGGUAUUGCUUCACGACAGUGCAGGCCAACACCAUACCCUUUGCCAUCCUACGAAACAGAGGGCAUGGAGCAAAAGAACUACUCCAAAAUCUUCGAGAAAAAGGACUGGGAAGACGCUACAUGUGCAGUGUGCAUGGAAUGUCCCCAUAAUGCUGUUCUUCUCUUGUGUUCUUCACAUGAGAAAGGGUGCCGGCCCUACAUGUGUGGAACCAGCUUCCGCUAUUCCAACUGUCUUGAUCAGUACAAGAAGGCAUAUACAAAAGUGACUUCAUCCAACAACUGUCCACCUCACAAUUCACUUGAUAGUCAAGCUAUGGGUCCAUUGUCUCAUAGGUGCCUAGAGAAUUGUGAAGCUACAGAGCUUGCUUGCCCUCUUUGCAGGGGUCAGGUGAAGGGCUGGACAGUUGUGGACUCAGCAAGAGAACAUCUUAAUGCUAAGAAACGAAGUUGCAUGCAGGAUAAUUGCUCAUUUAUUGGAACAUACAAAGAGCUGCGAAAACAUGUGAGAGCGGAGCACCCUUCUGCUAAGCCACGUGAAGUGGAUCCCACACUAGAACAGAAAUGGAGAAGGCUGGAGCGUGAACGAGAGAGGGAAGACGUGAUGGGUACCAUAAGGUCAUCGAUGCCUGGUGCAGUGUUCUUUGGUGAUUAUGUGAUAGAAGGAAGUCAGCAUGGUAUUGAUUCGGAUAAUGAGGAUGGUUUUGAUGCAGAUGCCAUGGGGCGGAGUGAGGGCAUUGAAGUGGGUGUCGAUCGAAAUUUGAUGUCUGUGUUUCUUUUCCUUCAGGCAUUUGGUUCUGCUGGUAAUGGAGGACCAAAUAGAGGUAUUAGGCGGAAUGACAGAGGCUCUAGCCAAACCUUGGAUAGAGGUCUCAUGAGAUUGAGCCGUGAAAGCACAGUUGGUUCUUUUGAUUUCUCUGAUGAAGAUAGCAACAACGACGAUGAAGAUAAUGACGAUGGUAGCAACUAUGGUACAUCACUAGCUGGCCGUCUGCAUCGUCAAGGUAGAGUCCUUUUGGGGCGGUCAGGAAGGAGGAGAAGGCGUAGACAGGCGAACGGAGAGCGGGGAUAGGUGUUAAAUACAAUCUGGAGUUCAAUAUGUAGAAUUUUUAGUUGGUAGGCCACUGGGUAGGAACUUAACUGUACUUUUAACAUCUGCAUGCACAUUAACUUCUCAUUAGUGCUCCAUACUUGGAUAGAUUUUAUGAUAGGAUAGGACAAAAAUAUUGAGGGCAAAACAAACUUGUUGGAUGUAAUUUUACCAGCUAAAUCCUCCUGAUUACUUGUCCUAUGAUGUUAAUUAUCACCAUUUUAUUUUAUGUGUAUUCUUAAUGAAAAAUGCAAGUGGCA